AUGGAUAUUGCAGAGCAGCUAGAGAAGCAGGAACAGUUUGAAUCCAGCAUCGAGUUCUAUGAGAAGGCAGCUGACUUGUUCCUGACAGAGGACUCACAUUCUCAAGCGAACAAGUCCUUUUUGAAGGCGUUUGAGGAUGUUGCGAGGGAAGCGGCAGGCCACAACCUGCUGAAAUACAGUGCGAAGGGACACCUUCUCAGUGCAGGGCUCUGUUGCUUGUGCUAUGAGGACCCUGAGAGGUUCCCUGCAAUGUUGGAGAGGUACAAAGAGGUGGACAUCAUGUUUACUGGUUCCAGGGAGUGCAAUUUGUUGCAGCAAUUGUCAGACGCUGUUGCAGGGGACGCCUCUCGGCUGUUCACUGAUGAAGUGGCACAAUAUAAUGCACUAUCCAAAUUGCCUUCCCAGGUGUAG